CAUAGCACUGCAGGUUAUUAUUCUGUGUCGUGCACAAAACGAAAUAAACAACCACACACACACACACAAAAAUGGCAAAAGGUCCAGGUCUCUAUCCCGAUAUCGGCAAAAAAGCCAGAGAUCUUUUAUACAGAGAUUACCAGAGCGAUCAUAAGUUUUCUCUUACAACUUUCACCGCUAAUGGAGUUUCGAUUACUUCAUCAGGAGCUAAGAAAGGCGAGUUUUUCUUGGCCGAUGUCAACACCAAACUGAUAAACAAGAACAUUACUACUGAUGUCAAAGUGGACACUAACUCUAAGGUUUUCACCACCAUCACCAUUGAUGAAGCUGCACCUGGACUGAAGACAAUCUUCAGCUUUGUUGUGCCUGAUCAAAAGUCUGGCAAGGCUGAACUUCAAUACUUGCAUGAGAAUGCUGGAAUUAGCACCAGCAUUGGUUUGACUGCGAGUCCCAUAGUCAACUUUUCUGGUGUGGCUGGGAACAAUACAGUUGCACUUGGGACUGACAUCUCCUUUGAUACUGCUACUGGUAACUUCAUCAAGUACAAUGCAGGACUGAGUUUCUCAACUUCUGACCUCAUUGCAUCCUUGACACUGAACGAUAAAGCCGACUCUCUGACUGCUUCAUACUACCACACAGUAAGCCCACUAACCAAUACCGCAGUCGGUGCAGAGUUGACCCAUGGUUUCUCGAGCAAUGAGAACUCUUUGACCAUCGGUACACAGCACUCUUUGGAUCCAUUGACUACAGUCAAGGCUCGCGUUAACAACUUUGGCAUAGCAAGUGCUCUCCUCCAACACGAAUGGCGGCCAAAAUCCUUUUUUACUAUUUCAGGGGAAGUUGACACAAGGGCAAUCGAAAAGAGUGCAAAGGUUGGCCUGGCUCUUGCUCUCAAGCCUUGAUUUGAGGAAGUGAAACUGAAAUACUCACCUAAAAUGUGUUUUGUUCUUUGUGAUUUGACCUUGUCUUUGUUGUGGGUGAAGAGAAAUAAGGUAGGUAGGUGACUUUGAAAAGAGUCUUUUGCUCUUUGAUUUUGCCAUCUAAAAAAUAUAUCUGUCCGUUGUGCGGGUUUAACUGGUUGCUACAUUGAAAAUCUAUGGUUCAGCUAGUCUGGUUUUGUCGGUUA